AUGGAGAUCGACCUCUCGCCGUUCUUCACCUCAGCGAUCAGAGUGGAUGGGCUUCAUGAAGGGACCGUCCUCUCAGAUAAAGAAAGUGCUCCACCAGUUACAGCUACCUUGCAGAAUUUUCAACAUCCUAUCAGCAUAACAAUGGUUUAUGCCAGCUGCGUUAGAAGCCAUAGAAGAGCUCUAUGGAGCAACUUGGCUUCCCUUUCAUUGGUCAUGCAAGGUCCCUGGUCGGUAAGCAGGGAUUUCAAUGCAACAAUUGAAGUAGCUGAGAGAAGAAGCCGCAGAGAUGCGGAGAGAGCCAGUGCAUUAGAAUUUGUAAAAGCAAUCAACAACGCUGGUCUGAUUGGCGUGGGCUUCUCGGGAAACCGAUUCACAUGGAGCAACAACCAAGGGGGUUCAGCUCGCGUGUGGACGAGGCUGGACAGGGUUGUCAGAAUAGCAUGGGAGAAAGAGAGCUCCCAACACCCUCUAUACAAUGUUCUUGUGAAGCAGAAAUCAGUUAAACAAGCUCUGAAUGUGUGGAACAAAGAUUCCUUUGGCAAUAUUUUUGAGCAGUUGGGCCAAGCAGAACGAUCGCCAGAAGAAAUCGAAAGCAGAAUGCAAACUUCGAACUCCAACUCAGGGCCAGACAGCAUGCUUCAAGUCGAGCUCAACUCAGUACCGGAAACUCUCAGUCGGCUUGAGCUGAUGGAAGAAUCCUUCUGGAGGCAGAAAGCGAGGAGCAGCUGGCUAGAAGCAGGGGACAGAAACACAAGUUUCUUCUACGCGGUGGCUAUGGAGAGACAUAGAAAGGCCGAAAUCAGAAGUAUUGAGCUGAACUCAGGUCAGAUUGUAGAAGACCUGGCGGAACUCAAGAGGGCUGUAAUCAACCACUUUGAGCAGCAGUUCACGGCCAUCUAG